UCGCCAAAGAGACUAUCUGGUCUCCCAUCUUCUUCCAUGGCCCAUCUAAAGUGAAAGGACCCUCAUGUAACAUAUAGCCACUUUUUGCUAUAGAGCUUGCACUCAAAGCUUCCGUCUCUACGAUGCGGAUUUACGUUUUUGUACUCGCAUAUUUCUUGUUACUUUCCCAGGCAACGAUACAACAACCAAUAUGGAUCAUGAGUGGCAGUCGAAACAGCACCAGGGCACCGCAACUCAGCCAUCCCAUGGCACAGCGACCUCUCGCAGACGACUAUGUACAUGUUACGCCCAGUAUCCAGAGCCGUACAACUCCAAGCGAGCCAUAUCUCCCAUUUCCUGGCUUCUGGACAUGUCCCCGCAAUACCGCGCUCCCGCCCAACACCGAAGACUGUCUCCAGGUGAUCAUGGACACCUUUCGACAGUUCGGCAACAUGACUGUGGACAUGCCUGCGGAUCGAUGCAUACAAAUUCCUUACCGGUCGUGCGUCAUGUAUACAUGCUCUUCAUCUUGCGAAGGAUUCCAAUGGAGCUUCGCUGAGUGGUCACAGCUCGCCAUGCACAUCCAGAGGAGUUGCAUUUGGGGCAGGGGUGGAGGCGGGUAUGUUCAGAGGCAACCAGGAGGCGAAGACAAGAAGUUUGUCUAUCGCACGGGACUGACUCAUGUAGAUGAGGGGGACAGUUUGUUGGCACCUGCUCUUGUAUGUUGAUAGAGUUCACAUCAUCCAGUGUACAUUUAGUCUCAUAUCUAUGCAAAUUAGUCUCAUGCCAAUAAGCCAAUGAAAUCUUCGCGAUUAGGUAAAAG